ACUUCCGGUUCCGGCCGGCGCACGGAGGUGUGCGAGGUACUCCCGGUCCCGGGGCUGGUCGCGAUGCCCUUGCACAAGUUCCCGGUCAGUCUAUGGAAGAAGCUCCGGCUGCAGGAGGGCAUCUACUCCCGCCUUCCCCAGCACUACCUUCGCUCACUGGAGGCAGAGCGGACGCCCACGCCCGUGCACUACAGGCCACACGGGGUCAAGUUCAAGAUCAACCCAAAAAACGGGCAGCGGGAGCGCGUAGAGGAUGUGCCUAUUCCCAUUUACUAUCCCCCCGAGUCCCAGCUGGGGCUCUGGGGCGGUGAGGGCUGGAUCCUGGGCCACAGAUACGUCAACAACGACAAGCUCUCAAAGAGGGUGAAGAAAGUGUGGAAGCCACAGCUGUUUCAACGCGAGCUCUACAGUGAGAUCCUCGACACGAAGUUCUCUGUGACUGUGACUAUGCGGACCCUGGACCUCAUCGAUGAGGCCUAUGGGUUUGACUUCUACAUCCUGAAGACCCCAAAGGAGGACCUGUGCUCCAAGUUUGGGAUGGACCUGAAGCGAGGGAUGCUGUUGCGACUUGCCCGACGGGACCCUCAGCUGCACCCGGACGACCCCAAGAGGAGGGCAGCCAUCUAUGACAAAUACAAGGAGUUUGUCAUCCAGGAGGAGGAGGCUGAGUGGGUUGGCCUGACACUGGAUGAAGCUGUGGAGAAGCAGAGGCUUCUGGAGGAAAAGGACCCCAUCCCUCUGUUCAAGGUCUACGUGGAGGAGCUAAUUGAGCGGCUUCAGCAGCAGGCACUGUCUGAGCCAGCGGUGGUGCAGAAGAGAGCCAGCGGGAAGUGACCACAUAGUGACUGACCCAUGCCUGAUAGCCAGGCUCAGUGACCCUUGUUGUCCCCCAGCCACCCUAUCCUUCUGCCCUUUGGCAAACCUGUAGGCAUAGUCUGGGGCAGUGGCAAGAGCCACUUGUGGGCAGUGGGUGAAACAUUCUUGUGUGUGCUGGUUAUGAAGCUCCUGGGUGGGGUGCACUUAGUGGAGACCCUAAUGGGCCUCUGGUCCCAAGAUCCCCAGUGUCCUGGGGCCUUCGCACAGCCUCUGAGUUACCUCCUUCCCCUGCAGCAGAGGCCCAGCCAAAGCAGGUUCACCACAUUCCGGGGGCAGCACGAGUAAAGUCUGAGCCGGGCCAUGUGUGUGCUGCUUUGUUUGGAGGACCGGAGCUCUCCUGUGUAGUUCUUGACCCUGUCAUCUCACCACCCCAGAGAGCCUGGAUGUGGCUGACGUGGGUGGUGGUCCCCAGCCAAGCUGUGGGACUUAGGUUUGUUUUGGUGUUUUUCUUUCCUCUGGGAGAGAAUCCCGAGAAGUUGAAGGUGGUCUACGAUAGGGCAGGACAGUGCUUGCCCCUCCACAUUGCGCAUCCCUGCCUGUUCUGGGAAUGUUUUUCACAGCAGAGGCAGGGAGGCUGUGGCCUGGCUCUGGGAGUAACUGGGAAGUGUCUGUACUGAUAUGCCCUUUGAUAUGGUGCCCUCUGAGGGUGCCCGCACCAUCUCUGAGGGCGCUGCAAGGGGCAGUGUCUCGCAGGGAAAGCCUUGAGUCAGGAGCUCUGUCAGCAUAACCACAUGGACCUGCAACCUGGGUGCCCCUCCUCAGCUGACCCACACUUGAUUUUGGGCCAGUCACCCUGAGGUCUUUCUGAUUCUGAGAUUUGGGGAUGCCUUGGCCCUCUUCCCUGCCCCUUACCUGGAAGUCCAGCAUGGAGACCCAUUCAGGUCUCUGAGAGCAUAGGGAGGGGUUCCCUUGACUUGGUCCUGACAACUGGCUGAGAGGUGCCAAGCUCCCUGAGGGGAGAUGUGGAAGCAACAACACCUGGGCUGUGUUCCUGGUGGCAGAGGCCAGAGGGAACAUGUAGCUGGCUAGCAGACAUGGCUGGUCAAGGGACACAGCUGCAGGAGAGUCCUGGAGAUCCCACGGCUCAUGAGGUCAUCAAGGGUCAGGAUCUGCCUUGGGGUUGGAGCCCUGGGGGGUGGGGGAAUGUCCGCAAGAUCUCUGUCCAAAGCUGGAUACACUGUCAUAGUGCCACACUCCUGGAGUGUCCUCAUGCUUCCCAUACACCAGUGAUUUCUCAUGCAGUGUCCCUAUUUUGUGAACAGUUUUUAAUACUUAAAAAAUUUUACGAAAGUUGACAAUUUCCAGCCUACCCCAACCCUGCCCCUGCUCCUGCCCUGGUGAACCAGCAUGGCCCCGCCCAGUUGUCCCAACGACAGCCCCUGGCUCCAGGCAGAUUGGUGGUGGUCAGGAUGCGCCAGCGCUCCCCAUGUUCAUGUCCACAUCACAGUUCUUGUGUUCAGCCCUGAACUCAGUCUGAUCCCUUUCCAGCCCCUCAGCUUGUCGCCUUGGUCCCCCUUUAGUGUGCACACUGCAUGCCCCCCAGUUCAUUGACCUUGGCUCUUAGUCACCCCUCACUAAUCUUCCCACCGCAACAAAGGCCACAAG